AUGGCCACCUCUCGCUCGGUCGCCAGGCUGGUCGCCUACCGCCGGUCUCCCUUCAUGCCGAUCGGCUCAACCGCAAACUUCUCUUCCUCGGUGUCCCGCGCAGCAACCCCAGCGGGCCCCCCUCAGCCCGGUUUCCGUCUGCCCCCGCCUACGCGCUGGGAUCAGGGCUCUGAGUCUUCUCUCGACAAGGCCAGCAAGUACUUCCUGAUGGCCGAGAUCUUCCGCGGCAUGUACGUCGUGCUGGAGCAGUUUUUCCGCCCACCUUACACCAUUUUCUACCCCUUCGAGAAGGGUCCCAUCUCCCCCGUUUCCGCGGCUAUCACUAUUGAGGCCGAGGAGCGUGAGGACGGAAGCCGCCGGACGACCCGUUAUGAUAUCGAUAUGACCAAGUGUAUCUACUGCGGUUACUGCCAGGAGAGCUGCCCCGUGGACGCCAUUGUGGAGACCUCCAAUGCUGAGUACGCCACCGAGACCCGUGAGGAGCUCCUGUACAACAAGGAGAAGCUCCUCGCCAACGGUGACCGAUGGGAGCCCGAGAUUGCGGCCGCUGCUCGUGCCGAUGCUCCUUACCGAUAA